AUGAAUCGGGCGUCGUAUCAGCGAGCGUUUCUGUAUCGUGAUUUGGAUAUGAAUACGUUCGGGAGAAUUGACGACGCGAAGGAGAUAAAGCCGUUUGUGCUGUAUAAAGACAACCAGACGAAGAUGAUUGUGGUGUCUGCGGAAGGGAAGGAGAGAAUCCAGAGGAUGCGUUUUUGAUGGAUGGAAGUGUGGAUAGUUU